GAACGAUGCGGCAUACCUUCAUAUCUCAAGUUUCUUUGAAUAAAAGUUCAUGAAAAUAUAAUUCUUUGAAUAAAAGUUCGUGAAAAUAUAAAGGAAAGACUUCAUAUUAUGGAAAGUAUGAAGGAAUUGCUUCAUAUCAUGGAAAAGAUGUAAAAAUUUAUAUAACCAAUAUAAGUCUGUGGCAAAGGAAUAAAGAGAAAAAAAGUAACAAUUAAAAAAGAAAAAAAGUAAGAUUUUGUAAAUUUGUUAAACGAAUUAGAGUUAAAAGAAAAAAGUAAAUAAUUAAAAAAGAAAAAAAGUAAGAUUUUGGUUUAUAAUUUUGUUAAAGGAAUUGUCCUAUAUAUAUUAAUAGACGAAUGAAUUGAACAGUAACAAUGAAUUGAACAGUAACAAAGGGCUUUUUUGGGUAAAGACUUUAUAAGAAAGUGAGACAAUGCAGCGUCGAUGGUGAUGGAGCCGGCCAUGGCGGUGCGCGGCUGAGCUAUGGCGGAUCCACGGUUCACAAGUAGAGAGCGACGAGGGAUGUUAGGUCGAUGGCUGCCAUAGCUCCGACAAUGAUGACGAUCAAGCUGCUAGGGUUCCGACCAAGUUCUGGCAAGGUCGAUGGCUGCCACAGCUCCGACAGUGAUGACGGUCAAGCUGCUAGGGUUCCGACCAAGUUCUGCGUGUGCGCUAUUUGGAUAGAUCGACUAUCAAUGAACCUUAAUCGGACGAGUUAUGUUGAUUUCACGAGUAGGUAAGGUUCCGACGAAGAUUCGGUGUACGAACUUCAAGAUGAAUGUUCCUUUUUCGAGGAGAUCGACAAACCCGAGGUUAGAUCCCGUGAUUUAGUGUUACUCUGUUUCCGAUCACCCCUGCUCCUCCUUGGCCUCUUCCCUCUUUCCGGUACGUCUCCUCCGUCAAUCACCUUUCUAAUCCAUGGUUUACAGUUGUCGGAUUUUAUAUGCAUCUGUUUGAUUCUUCGUUUUGGUGUUUGAUUUUGUGUUUCAACCCAUGCUUUUAUCUUCUUUUUUUUUAAUAAUAUUAUUAUUCUAGAUCCCUGUUGAAUUACCCGGUUGUUGUUUUGCCCGACUACCUGCCAUUGCUUUGUAAUUGCCCUUUUUCAUGAGGAAUAAAAUAGGGUAAAUUACUUUUUAAAAAAAGAUUUUGUGUUUAAAUUCGUAUGGGUGUUUGUUGUUGAAUGGGCUUUGUAAUCAAAUUUGUGAAAGUUAUGAUUGAAAAAGAAUGAAUAUCAAUGUGUUUAGUGAGACAUUUGUGUCUUGCAUGCCAAGUGUUUGUUGUUAUGUGUCAUUGACGCCAGUCUUCAUCAAUUGGGUAUUGGUAUGUAAUGGAGAACUACUUUGUAACCAAAGUGUAUAAAAAACAUAUGUUUGUUUUGAUCUGUGGUUAGGUAUUUUACCUUCUUGGAUUUGUGUUUAGCCCCCACCGAGUUAAGGGACUCGGUGGUCACUGGCCGCUCUUCGAUCUAGGUGAUUGUAGUUGUGCAACAUGAACAUACCAGAUCAAGGCAGCCUUGAGGGGUUAGGGUUUGGUAUGGGUCUAUUGUGGUUGGAAGUUUGAGGAUUUCCACGAAUUCCGGUUAACUCUGACGAGAACCUGAUGACAUGAACCAGCUAUGAGUCAAUGAUUGGUGUCACUGAAGGGUGGUAGCUGUUCACCUGCAAACUUCUUUGCAGCCAUAGUCGGGUCAUCGUUUCGUUGACUCUGAAGACUUACGGAAGGAGAUUCGGGUCGCCCAAGAGUUGGUUUUAGGUGCACGAUGUCGGAGGUAUCAAAUAUCAGCUUCGUGCACAUCUAAAAACCACUUCAUCGGUUGGAGAUUGCAAAAGAACAUGGCAUUGAUAAAACGACCAUCGUUGUGACGACGUUUGGAAUUGAGAACCAUAGAUUUGAGGAAGAGAAGAAGAAGAUGUGUGUAGAUUCCGUUUUGGUUUUCCCUGACCCAGGCUUAUUGAUUUAGUGAUACAGAAGCAAUAGUCGGCUUUCGUGCUGCUUCCAAUGAUUAUAGUCGGAAAUAAUGUCCGAUUAAACCACUUCAUACUCUUAUUUGAUUGUGGUUAAGAUGUUGUUGGGAACUCAAAAAGGUUUUAUUGCAGGUAUUUUUGGUUGGAUUAAAGGACAGGAGGGCUAACUAUCCCGCCAGAUUUUUGUUAGUAUGUUUCAACGACUUUAGCCGUUAAUUUUUUUUUCUUUCAAAAAGCUAUGAUUUUGAAUGUGGUGGUUUUAGCUUAAGCGUUUUUGUGUCCUUCAAGCUGCGUUGUAAUCUCUAUUUCUCAUUAGUUUUUUAAAGAAUAUUUAUUUGUUGUUCAAACAAGUAUAACAAAGGUUUUACUUUGAAAGUCAAGCUGCUACAUGCUAAAACUUUAUGAGAAAUAUUUGUUCACAUAAAAGAAAGUUAUAACUAUGUAAGUUUUACAUUACAACAUGUAUUGAGCUAAAACAUUUUUUUAAGAAUGAAGAUAUGAACUUCAAACUUUAAAAGGGCUAAAGUUUACUUUGACUAUCUUGAACAUGUUAAAAGAACUUACGAUUACAUCUAGAGUGAUGGAUUUGAGAUUGUUGGGAUACCUUGCUGCUAAUGCUAAAGCAAUAUAUUUACCCAAAUCUUGAUUUCCUGCAUAAUCAUAAAAAAUUAGCGUUCAUGAUAACCAUUUACACUUAGAUUUAGAUUUUUUAUUGCAUAAUCUUGGAUUCGAUAAAUAAGAAAGAUUGAUAUGUCAACUAUUGCAGCUACAGCCCACAUGUUGAUCUUUUUUUACCUCUAAAAUACAAAAUCCAAUGGUUUUGUACCUGAUAAGUAACAAGUUUGAAAUCCAAUAUUCAAAACGUAUGUAUUUAGCAAACUUUUUGGCGAUGUUAACGGUGUGGUUUGGCCAGUUUUGACGGAAUUUCUGGGCCGAACCAGUAAGUAUGGUUCUUGAAAAAACAAAACCAAGACGGCUGGUUUAGCUGGGUCGGCUUGACUUGUCAACCCCAGCCAUAAAUAUCCUGAAAUGAGCAAAAGAAGUGUAUCUUUUGUUGGGUCCUUAACGACAACAUGAAGUUUCUGCUCCCCACCAUUGUUCAUCCAAGAAACACGAGACUCGCAACCACGAGUCUAUAUGAUGUGUAAACCAAAUCAAUGACUAAACGAAUUCAUUUGAAAUAAUUUUCAUAAUUAUUAGGUGGGUUUGACUCAUGGAUAAAGCAGCAAGAUCAAGGGGACUAUAACAGAACUAACCGAUACUAAUUAAAUUCAUGCGCCACGUAGCAUGGGGAAUUGUAGGCGCAACGCGCCGCUUUGAUACCACUAGUUAGAGUUAAAAGAAAAAAAAUGUAAGAUUUUGCUUUAAAAAAUUUGUUAAAGGAAUUAGAGUUAAAGAAAAAUUGUUAAAGGAAUUAGAGUUUAAAAAAAAAGUAAGAUUUUGCUUCAGGGUCUCACUAUUUCCACACCCUUAAAAUCGUAUUUUCACACCUCUACAUGUAUACGACCUGUAUAGAGUUAUUUUAGUCGUAUAAGUGAUUGUUGCACAAAAAAAAAAUGUCAUGGACUGUUUUUUUGUCCAUGUAUACGGGCCGUAUAACAUUAUACGACAUGUAUAGAAUACGACCCAUAUAAUGUUAUACGACCCAAACAUCAUAUAAUGUUAUACGACCCAUAUAAUGUUAUACGAGUCGUAUAGAAUGUUAUACGGUCUAAUAUUUUCUCUAUGUAUACGAGCCGUAUAGCAUUAUACGUGUCGUCUAACAUAUACGGCCAAAAAUUUGUCAUGUUAAAUUAUUCUAUACGGGCCUCAUAACGUUAUACGAUUCGUAUACAAGGUGUGAAAUUAAGAUCUUGUGAGAUUAUUAGGACCUGUUAGAGGAAUUAGAGUUAAAAGAACAUGAAAUUACACAUAUACCCUCUCACAGACACACGCUCUCUCUACUCAUCAAACCUGCGUCUUCACUUCAGCCUUCAUCUUCUUGGAACCGAACCGGGUUUUUAGCCCUACCCGUUGAACACCAUGGCCACCAUAGCUUCUUCCCUCUUUUCUCUGCCUUCCCUGCGUGCAAGUGCAGCAAAUAAACCUCACAGAACAACAACAACUCUUCUUCCAUGCCCUAAUUUCCUUCAACCCAACUUGACCCUCAAAUUCUGCAGAUUGGGGAAUUCUUACACAAAUAGAAAGGGGUCAACCGUUGUGAUUUCUUGCUUGGUUGAUCAUAAUUCGACAGCUGAAGGAUCAGAGUCAAACCCUGGAGCAACUAUUGACCUCAAACUCCCAAGAAGAAGCUUGUUAGUGCAGUUUACCUGCAAUGCUUGCGGUGUAAGAUCACAAAAGCUCAUAAACAGACUAGCUUAUGAAAAAGGGAUGGUUUUUGUUCAGUGUACAGGAUGUGAACAGUAUCACAAACUUGUUGACAAUCUAAAUCUUGUGGUGGAGUACGACUUUCGGGAGGAAAUCAAUGCGAGUCCGGAUGCAGAUCAAGUUUGAUUCAUCGUUCUACUCUGUUUUGUAAAUUUGUUCUUUAUCUAACAGUUAAUAUACAUUUAUAAGCCUUCUUUAAUCUAUAAUUUAUAACGUUUGUUCUCCA